AUGUCACUCACUGUUCUGAAUAGGAAGGAGAAAGAAAAAGUAAUCUACAGACUGUUGGUACAAGCUCCUCCAGGGGAAUUCGUAAAUGCCUUUGAUGAUCUCUGUCUGCUUAUCCGUGAUGAAAAACUUAUGCAUUCUCAAGGUGAGUGUGCAGGACAUCAACACUGCAAAAAAUACACUGUACCACUCUGCAUCGAUGGAAAUCCUGUACUCUUGUCUCACCACAAUGUUGUGAACGGUAACCGAUUCUUUGAUCACCAAAGCAAACUUUCUUUCAAGUUUGACCUUCUUCAAAACCAGCUGAAGGACAUCCAAAGCCAUGGUAUCAUCCGGAAUGAGACAGAAUACCUGAGAACUGCUGUUCUGUGUGCCUUAAAGCUGUAUGUGAAUGAUCACUACCCGGCGGGAAACUGCAACGUACUGAGAAAAUCUGUGAAAGGGAAGGAGUUCUUGAUAGCCUGCAUUGAGGACCACAGCUACGAAUUACAAGAUACCUGGAAUGGCCUUUGGAAAUCAAAAUGGAUUUUCCAAAUCAAUCCAUUUCUAACCCAAGUAACUGGAAGGAUUUUUGUGCAAGCACACUACUACAAAUACGUCAACCUUCAUAUUAAAAUCUCCAAAGACCUGAAAGAAAGCCUGGAGGUAGUUAAUCAAGCUCAACUGGCUCUAAGUUUUGCCAGGCUUGUGGAAGAGCAAGAGAACAGAUUUCAAGCUGCAGUCUUAGAAGAACUACAGGAGUUAUCGAAUGAAGCCCUGAGAAAAAUCCUACGAAGGGAUCUUCCCGUGACCCGCACGCAUAUCGACUGGCAGAGGAUUCUCUCCGACUUGAAUCUGGUGAUGUAUCCUAAACUAGGAUACGUCAUCUAUUCAAGAAGUGUGCUUUGCAACUGGAUAAUAUAA